UUUUUGGUAAUACAGUUACCUACAACAGCAGUGACUGUGAUGGUUAUAUAUAUAACACAAGGCAUCAUUUUAAACUCACAUUUGGAGUGUUUUCUUGUCUAGCAAGAGAAAUGCAUGUUAAUCUUUUAUUGACCCUGACACUACUUUGUAUUACCAGGCUCUGCCCUGCUGUGUGUGGGAUUCAUUUAAACAGCUGCAUCCUCCAAGGUGACCCUCAGCCCCCUGCUCUCUUUGAUGACGGAGACUUUGUCAUUGGAGGGGCUUUCACCAUUCAUUAUUAUGUGAGGACAGAGAAGCAGACCUACACUCAACGGCCACAACCACUUGUGUGCAGUGGCAGCAUGAACUUCAGAGAACUGCACUUUGCUCGUGCCUUACAGUUUGCUAUCCAAGAGAUAAACUACAGCUCCGAUCUCUUACCAGGCAUCACUUUAGGGUACCACAUAUAUGACACUUGUGCCUCUCUGGCAAUGGCAAUCAAAGUAGCACUGCAACUUGUCAACGGACAAGAGCCUGUAUUUAAUGACACUGAUUCCUGUGUAAAAAGUAAUGCUGUUCCAACACUAAUUGGAAAUUCAGCUUCCACUGCAGCUAUAAGUGUUUCAAGACUUUUUGGUCCUCUUAGAAUUACACAGGUGAGUCAUUACGCGACGUGUGCGUGUCUCAGUGACAAGCGGCAGCAUCCUACUUUCUUCAGGACCAUCCCCAGUGACCACCAUCAGGCGGCAGCACUGGCACGGAUGGUCAAGCACUUCGGAUGGACGUGGAUCGGGGCUGUGCGCAGUGAUUCAGACUAUGGGAACAAUGGCAUGGCAUCAUUCCUGAAAGCUGCUGAGGAGGAAGGGAUCUGUGUGGAGUAUUCUGAGGCCUACUACAGGACCCAGCCGCGCAGCAAACUGAAAAGAGUGGCGGAUGUCAUUCGCAAGUCAUCAGCUCGUGUGAUUGUUGCCUUUAUGGCCGAAGGUGACAUGAGACUUCUGUUAGAAGAGUUGAGCCAGCAGCCUCCUCCUCCGAUGCAGUGGAUUGGCAGCGAAGCGUGGGUUACAGACCCACAAAUGAUGCGGUUUAAUUUGUGUAUCGGUGCUGUUGGUUUUGCAGUUCCACGGUCUGUUAUUCCGGGUUUUCGCAACUUUCUACUCGACCUGUCUCCAGAACAAGUGCUAAAAUUCCCCCUGCUGACAGAAUUCUGGGAAAGCUCAUUCAGCUGUAGUCUAAAACAGCACACAGGUUCUUCUACUGAUAUGCCAGCAUGUGAUGGCACAGAAAACCUGCGCGCUUUACAGAACCCGUAUACAGACACGUCCUAUUUGGUGUACAAAGCCACUUACGCUAUAGCUCAUGCCCUCCAUGGCAUCAUCUGUAAUGAAAUGCUAUGUGACAAAAACACCAAAGUUGAGCCCCGGCAGGUUUUUGAUCAACUCAAGCGAUUGAACUUCACUAAAAAUAAUUAUUUUGUUUCAUUUGACUCCAAUGGAGACCCUGUGGCUACCUAUGAAUUUGUGAACUGGCAGCUUCAUGGAGAAGGUUCAGUUGAUUUUGUGACAGUGGGUCAAUAUGAUGCAUCCAAGCCUAAAGGCCAAGAAUUCAGUCUGAGCAGAGCUAUCAUUUGGUAUGACGGCAGUGAAAAGGUGCCUGUGUCUGUGUGCAGUGAGAGCUGUCCUCCAGGUACAAGGAAGGCUGCACAGAAAGGAAGACCGGUCUGCUGUUACGACUGCAUUGACUGUGCAGAAGGAGAGAUCAGUAACGAGACAGAUUCUCUAGAUUGUCACGAAUGUCUACCUGAGUAUUGGCCCAAUGGUGAGAAGGACAAGUGUCUUCCUAAACCAGUGGAGUUUCUCUCCUGGGAUGAGAUCCUUGGGAUUAUACUGGCUGCUUUCUCUGUUGCUGGCUCUUUAGUGGCUUUGAGCAUAACUUUAGUCUUCUACAAAAACAGGGCCUCUCCGAUAGUAAAAGCCAACAACUCAGAGCUGAGCUUCCUGCUUCUCUUCUCACUCUCUCUGUGUUUCCUCUGUUCUCUUACUUUCAUUGGUCGGCCCACUGAGUGGUCCUGUAUGUUGCGUCACACAGCAUUUGGGAUCACUUUUGUCCUCUGUAUCUCUUGUGUUUUGGGGAAAACUAUAGUGGUGUUAAUGGCCUUUAAAGCUACACUUCCAGGAAGUGAUGUCAUGAAAUGGUUUGGGCCUCCUCAACAGAGACUCAGUGUUUUGGGCUUCACUCUUGUACAGGUACUUAUAUGUGUUCUUUGGUUAACAAUAUCUCCACCUUUUCCUUAUAACAAUAUGCAACACUACAAAGAAAAGAUCAUUCUAGAAUGCAGUUUAGGAUCAGCUGUAGGUUUCUGGGCUGUUCUGGGUUAUAUUGGUCUCCUGGCAUUCCUUUGCUUUGUUUUAGCUUUUCUUGCCCGAAAGCUUCCUGAUAACUUCAAUGAAGCUAAGUUCAUCACAUUCAGUAUGCUCAUAUUCUGUGCUGUAUGGAUCACAUUUAUUCCAGCUUAUGUCAGCUCUCCAGGGAAAUUUACUGUAGCUGUGGAGAUUUUUGCCAUUUUAGCUUCAAGCUUUGGCUUAAGUUUCUGUAUUUUUGCUCCUAAGUGUUUUAUUAUUGUGUUUAGGCCAGAGCAGAAUACUAAAAAACACUUAAUGGGUAAAGUACCAUCAGCCAACUAAAGCCACCUAAGACAAGGACAGCUCUCAUUCACAUGAAAUGUUACAAUAUUGCGAUGUAUGAAGCAUCUUUCUGAGUUCAAAGACUACUUUUUAAAAUAUAACCAUUUUAUAAGAGAAAGAAAUAUCACUAUCGCCCAUAUGCAAACAUCUCAGAUUCUCAAAAUUGGUUGCCAGUGAAAUGUAGUGUAUGUAUAUACAUAACAGUAAUAUUUGCUCACCAAGCCCACAUUCGUUUUGAACCAAAGUACAACAAAAAUAGUCAAAUGUUGAAAUAUUUCACUAUUUUAAAAAUCUGUUUUCUAUUAGAAUACAGUAUAUUUUUAAAUAUAAUUAAUUCCUGUGAUUUCACUCAAUUUGUUGUAACAUCAUUCCAGUCACUAUUUCCUUCAGAAAUCAUAGUAAUGUUCUGAUUUGCUGUUGAGAAAAAUAAAUAAAUAAAAUAAAGUAAAUUAUACAUAGAUGUUUAACCUUCUAGUAUUGUUCACUUGGGGGUCACACUUGUAUUGUUCGUGGUUAAAACUUACUGAAAAUCCAAAAAUUACCUUUUUUUUUAAUAAAGUUUUCUUUUGUAUUUUGAGAGAAUGUCAUAUGAAACUAAUUCAUAUUUAUUGAAUUAGGGCUUUCGCCCGAGUGCUGACCUUGCCUGCUUGCCUGCUUAUCUUGACCAUUGUCUCUUCGGAUCACCCUUGUGUUCUGGUAACCUGAUUGGAUUGAUGUUUGUGUUACGACCCAUUGCCUGUUUUAUCGUCUUUUCUAUCUGGAAAUCCCUUGAACUUGUUUGCGGAUCUGACUGCCUUACUGUUAACAAACUUCUGCCUGUUGUAUCUGACUAUUCUAUUUUGGAUUGUCCCAAUAAA